GAAAUGAACUGUCUGAGAAAACAAUCCACUGGAGACGUGAGUGUGGAGGUCAAUGCCUGCCCUGGACCAGAUCUGAGGCAAAUCUUGGAGGAUUUGAGAUGUCAGUAUGAAACACUGAUAGCGCGCAACCGCAAGGAAGUGGAGGAUUGGUAUGAGUGCAAGAUUGAGGAGGUGAAUCGGGAGGUUAUUACAAGCGGUCAGGAGGUGGAGACGUGCAACAACCAGGUUACGGAACUGAGACGCCAAUUGCAAGCCCUGGAGAUCGAUCUCCAGGCUCAGCUCAGCCAGAGAAAUAAUUUGGAAUCCUCUCUGGCUGAGACUGAGUGUCAGUACAACACACUCCUCGGUGAGCUACAGAACCAGAUCACGUGUGUGGAGCAGCAAUUGGCUGAAAUAAGAGCGGAAAUAGAGUGCCAGAACCAAGAGUACAAGACCUUAUUGGACGUCAAGUGCCGUUUGGAGCAGGAGAUUCAGACCUACCGGUGCUUGUUGGAAGGAGGACAGCAGGACCUUAUCCAUGGAGUAGGAAGUGGUGUAGGAGGAGGAGUCAUUAGGACAAGCCACACCUAUACUACGACUUCAGCUUCCCACUGUCAGCCCCAGGUCCCGCCCUGCAAGACUGGAGAUAUACAAGUGACCUGCAGAAGAAUUUGUGAUUAAGGAGGAAUGGACUGGAAGAUGACAUGCAGAGAAACCCCCAGACAAAACAAGAACUCUCGAUGUUCACUGCACGCCUCUACGCAGAGAAAGUAGAAGUAACUCCGCGACGCUUUGCCUUGUAUCUCAGGGGGCCUGUUGGGGGCCACCUUCUUCUCCGGCUGCUGCCUCUGCUCUGUAACGCUGUAAUCUCUAGAAGUGGUUUGAGUUAGUCAGGAUCGCUAGUGUACCUGCUGGUGAAAAACUUCUCUAAUAAAACUUUGCUU